AUGGAGCGGGCCGCAGUGCUGCGCAUCAAGCGGAAGCGCGGCGGGACCGAGCCGGCCGAGGCGCUACUGCUCGCCUGCAAGCGGCUGCGCACCGAGGAGGGCGACGACGCCCAGCCCGUGGAAAGGAACCUCUUCAAGCUGGUGGCGACCGUCUCCUCAAAGAACGAACCAGUUCAGAAAUACGUGCAAAAAGCGAUCACUCGAGACAAAGCAGUGCAAAGUCUGCAGCCCUCUUUAGGAAGCACUCAGCGAAUCCUUCAGGAGCUCCGCUCUUCCACGGAACAGAAAAGGAAGGAAAGCCGUUACCGUGUGGUAGCCAGCCAUCGACCUAACUGUGCUGAAACAACUGCAGCUGUCCCAGAUGGCCAGGCAUCGAGUGGUGGUGACAGAUCAGACUCUGAAGCAAGGGAAGAUGCUUCACAAAAGGAGAGUGGUGCUGUCAAUAAGAGUUCAGACUGCUGUGGGAAAUUCCAGUUGUUUGAUAUUGAACAAGAAGAGGAGGUGGAGGGAGACUCCAAUGUAGCUGCUGCAAACCCACAGAAGACUGAUCCGGAUGUGAUUCUUUGCAAUGCAGUAGAGAUGAUCCGUGAGCGUUUACAUGUUUCUGAAGAUAGCAGAAAAGGUGACCAUGAGAAAGAGGAGGAAUAUGUUUAUGACAUCUACUAUAUGGAAACAGCAGCCCCUGGCUGGAUCCAAAACAUCCUUUCUGUACAGCCCUAUAGAGAAGAAUAUGAACUGGUACAUGAUGAUCAAGUUCCAGGGGAAAUAUAUGAGGAUGAAGAUGAUGAAAAUGAUGAAAACAACUGGCGCAAUGAUUACCCUGAUGAAGAUGAAUUCUUACCUGAGGAAGACUGUGAUGGAGAAAAAGACUCUGAAGAGAGCCUCAGUGAUGAGGACCAGUACUACAGGAGAAGAACAUGGAACAAAUACCAGCAGGAGGUUCUGCAGGAAUUUGGUUAUGAUGAGAUCCAAGAUUUGGAUUCUGACUAACAGCCUACUUUUGAAGAUGAAAUUCAUACUGAAGAUGAAAUCCUACUGUUGCAGUAGACCUGACAAUCUAGACAGCUGCUGGUAGAUAUUUACAAGAAUAUUGAAUGGAAAAAAAAACCCAAACAACCAAACCACAAAAUAGACAAAGCCCACAAUAAAAUCCCUGGAAAACCACUUUCCAGUAAAGGUUGUGUUCAUUGGGACCAAUCUUUAUGUGGAUGAGCUUUAAAUUAAACUGUUGCCUGUCUGGCAUUGUGAAAGCCACGUUAGUGGCUUACUGACUAGGUUUGAGUAUUAGAUACUAAAUUGGGAUUCCAGUAAACAU